AUGAUAUAUGACGUGAAUUGCUUUUUAAAGAAAGAAGCUGACGAAUGUGUCGAUUCAUUGAAGCAAAUUCGAAGUCAGAUUGAGGAAGUUGCUUCUUUAUUCAGUCAGUCGGAGAAUAACCAAACUAUACAGACUAUGCAGACGAAUAAUGAACUUCCCACCAUUGGGAAACUAAAAAAGAAACUUGAGGAAGAUAUAAACUUUAAAGGGUCAGAAAGAAGUCUUCGUGUAAUUGUUAAGGAGUUAGGAUUUCGCUGGAAAAAAACAGAAAACAACCGUAAAUUACUAAUAGAAACAUCGAAUAUCCGAUUACAACGCAUUGAAUAUUUAAGUAAAAUAAGAAAAUAUCGACAAGAAGGAAGACCCAUUGUUUACACAGAUGAAUCCUACGUAGAUUCAUCGCACUCAACAACCAAAGCCUGGAGCGAUGGCCCUACGGAAGGACUAAAAAAACCCAUUUCUAAAGGACAACGAGUCGUGAUAGUCCACGCAGGAUCUGAAGCUGGGUUUAUACCAAAUGCUUUAUUAACUUUUAAAGCCGGCACCAAAACAGGGGACUAUCACGACAACAUGAAUUACGAGAAUUAUGAAAAAUGGCUUAGGACACAAUUAAUUCCCAACAUACCACCCAAUUCUGUAGUGGUUGUCGACAACGCUUCAUACCACAAUAAACAAUGGGAUUUAGCACCGUCCUCCAAUACCAAAAAAGCCGAUAUGCAGAAUUGGCUAACUGAUAAAGGCAUACAAUAUGAUUCAACAAUGCUCAAGCCACAAUUGUACAACUUGAUAAAAGCUAAUAAAGAAAGAUUUAAAACUUUUUCAAUAGAUCAAAUUAUAGCAGAAGCAAACCAUAGCAUAUUGAGAUUACCGCCUUACCAUCCAGACCUCAACCCCAUAGAAAUGGCAUGGGCUACUAUUAAACAAUAUGUAGCUAGCAAAAAUGUUAAAUGGAAUUUACAAGAAUGUACCAAACUUAUCAAAGAAAAAGUAUCCUUAAUACGUGCCCAGGAAUGGGGAAAAAUAUGUAAAAAGGUAAAAGAUAUAGAAGAAGAGUACGUCAAGAGUGACCAUGUAGUUGAUUUACUUACCGAGCAAUUUAUAAUUCGCGUCGAUGAUAGUUCCGAAGACGAUGAUUCUGAUGAUGGUUAUGAAGAUGAUGAUGAUGACAACUGCAACCGGACCCUCAACAAGCAAAAGACGUUGCACAAUUUCGUGUCGCGGCAGCACCACUGGACCAUGCGGUGA